GCUCGCUGUUUUCUCGCACUUCAUCAUACCGAAACCCCCCUCUCUCUCUCUCUCUCUCUCUCUCUCUCUCUCUCUCUAUCUUUCCAUUUCUCGUCGGUCGCAGCUACUGAAGUCUGAGGCGGUCUCGCAUCUUCGGCUCUAUCUGGGUUGCAGGGUUUUCUGCGCCAUAAAUUGAGUCGAGCAUGGCGUCGCUGGACCAGGAGAUAGCUAGGGUUCAGGAGGAGAAGAAGAAGAUGGAGCAGCAGCUUGCAUCCCUCAACUCCGUCGUGUACGACACCGACCUCUACGGUGGCACUGAUCGGGAUGCUUAUGUGAGCUCGAUCCCCGUCAACGAGGACGAAGAUGCCAUGGACGCGAUGGACUCGGAGGUGGCGAGGAAGCUUGCGUCAUAUACCGCCCCGAAGUCGCUCCUCAAGGAGAUGCCUCGUUCUGGCGAGGAGGAUGACGAUAUGGGGUUUAAGAAGCCGCAGAGGAUUAUUGAUCGGGAAGAUGAUUACAGGAGGAGGAGGUUGAACCGGGUCAUUUCGCCUGAUAGGCAUGAUGCGUUUGCUGCCGGGGAUAAGACUCCGGAUGUUUCGGUGAGGACAUAUGCUGAUGUUAUGAGGGAGGAGGCCCUGAAGAGGGAGAAGGAGGAGACUUUGAGGGCGAUUGCAAAGAAGAAGAAGGAGGAGGAAGAGGCUGCCAAGGGGCAAGAAAAGGAUAAGGAGGUGGCAGCUGCGGCAGCUCCAAAGAGGAGGAAUAGGUGGGACCAGGCACAGGAUGAUGGAGGAGCUGCUGCUAAGAAGGCGAAAACGGACUCAGACUGGGACCUGCCUGACUCAACUCCUGGUAUUGGUCGAUGGGAUGCGAGCCCGACCCCAGGGAGGGUAAGUGAUGCGACCCCUUCCAUGGGUCGGAGAAACCGCUGGGAUGAGACUCCCACUCCUGGUCGGGUUGCUGAUUCUGAUGCCACACCAGGUGCAGCCACUCCUGGGGCCACCCCUGCGGGAAUGAGUUGGGAUGCCACCCCAAAGCUAGCAGGUAUGGCAACGCCAACCCCUAAAAGGCAGCGUUCGAGGUGGGACGAGACCCCUGCAAGCAUGGUCAGUGCAACUCCUUUACCAGGGGCCACACCUGCAGCGGCCAUGACCCCUGGGGUUACCCCUCUGGGAGGAGUUGAUCUCGCUACCCCCACGCCUGGGGCUAUUAAUCUUCGUGGAGCUAUGACGCCUGAGCAGUAUAACUUGUUGAGGUGGGAGAGGGAUAUAGAGGAGAGGAACAGACCGUUGACAGAUGAGGAGCUGGAUGCUAUGUUUCCUCAGGAGGGGUACAAGAUUUUGGAGCCACCCGCAUCCUAUGUUCCAAUUAGGACCCCUGCGAGGAAGCUGCUUGCAACCCCAACUCCCAUGGGUACUCCAGGGUAUAAGAUCCCUGAGGAGAAUCGUGGACAGCAGUUUGAUGUCCCGAAGGAAGGACCUGGUGGGUUGCCAUUCAUGAAGCCUGAGGAUUACCAGUACUUUGGCUCGUUGUUGAAUGAGGAAAAUGAGGAGGAGUUGUCUCCUGAGGAGCAGAAGGAGCGUAAGAUCAUGAAGCUGCUCCUUAAGGUGAAAAAUGGGACUCCCCCACAGAGGAAGACUGCUCUAAGGCAGCUUACUGAUAAGGCUCGGGAGUUUGGUGCAGGUCCUCUAUUCAACCGUAUCCUCCCCUUGCUUAUGCAGCCCACCCUAGAAGACCAGGAACGGCAUCUUUUGGUGAAGGUAAUUGAUAGGGUGCUUUACAAAUUGGAUGAAUUGGUUCGUCCAUAUGUUCAUAAGAUUCUUGUCGUGAUUGAACCAUUAUUGAUUGAUGAAGACUACUAUGCCCGAGUCGAGGGGAGAGAAAUUAUUUCCAAUCUGAGUAAAGCUGCGGGUUUGGCUACUAUGAUUGCUGCCAUGCGGCCUGAUAUUGAUAAUAUCGAUGAGUAUGUAAGAAACACAACUGCUAGGGCAUUCAGUGUUGUGGCUUCUGCCCUGGGUAUCCCAGCACUGCUGCCAUUUUUGAAAGCUGUCUGUCAGAGCAAGAGAUCUUGGCAGGCUCGUCACACCGGGAUCAAGAUAGUACAGCAGAUUGCUAUUCUGAUUGGUUGUGCUGUUCUUCCACACUUGAGGUCUCUUGUGGAAAUUAUAGAACAUGGACUUAAUGAUGAGAAUCAGAAGGUGCGAACUAUUACUGCACUUUCAUUGGCUGCUCUUGCCGAGGCUUCUGCUCCUUAUGGUAUUGAGAGCUUCGAUUCAGUGCUAAAACCAUUGUGGAAGGGUAUCAGGUCACACAGGGGAAAGGUCUUGGCUGCAUUCUUAAAGGCUAUUGGGUUCAUUAUUCCUUUAAUGGAUGCCCUGUAUGCGAGCUACUAUACAAAGGAAGUGAUGGUGAUCCUAAUCCGUGAGUUCCAAUCGCCUGAUGAAGAGAUGAAAAAGAUUGUGCUUAAAGUGGUGAAGCAGUGUGUGAGUACGGAGGGUGUUGAGGCUGAUUACAUUCGAAAUGACAUCCUUCCUGAAUUCUUCAGGAACUUUUGGGUGAGGAGAAUGGCUCUUGACAGGAGAAAUUAUAAGCAGUUGGUGGAAACCACCGUUGAGAUAGCAAACAAAGUCGGUGUAGCUGAUAUUGUUGGGAGAAUUGUUGAAGAUCUUAAGGAUGAGAGUGAGCCUUACAGAAGAAUGGUUAUGGAGACAAUUGAGAAGGUGGUCGCGAACUUGGGAGCCUCUGAUAUUGAUUCUCGGCUGGAAGAGCUCCUCAUUGAUGGUAUCCUUUAUGCCUUCCAAGAGCAGACCAGCGACGAUGCAAAUGUGAUGCUGAAUGGUUUUGGAGCUGUUGUGAAUGCUCUUGGGCAGAGAGUGAAGCCUUAUCUUCCUCAGAUCUGUGGUACUAUCAAGUGGCGCUUGAAUAACAAGAGUGCGAAGGUGAGACAACAGGCAGCUGAUCUUAUUUCCAGGAUUGCUGUUGUGAUGAAGCAGUGCCAUGAGGAGCAGCUCAUGGGCCAUCUCGGUGUUGUCCUGUAUGAGUACUUGGGAGAAGAAUACCCGGAAGUCUUGGGUUCCAUCCUCGGUGCGUUGAAAGCUAUUGUCAAUGUGAUUGGUAUGACAAAGAUGACUCCCCCGAUAAAGGACUUGCUUCCUAGGUUGACACCGAUCCUGAAGAACAGGCACGAGAAGGUCCAGGAGAACUGCAUUGACCUAGUGGGUCGUAUUGCCGAUCGUGGUGCUGAGUUUGUUCCCGCUAGGGAGUGGAUGAGGAUCUGCUUUGAGCUGCUAGAGAUGCUCAAAGCUCACAAGAAGGGCAUUCGGAGAGCCACGGUGAAUACUUUUGGUUACAUCGCCAAAGCCAUUGGGCCACAGGAUGUGCUUGCAACCCUCUUGAACAACCUCAAGGUCCAGGAGCGACAGAACCGUGUCUGCACAACUGUGGCCAUUGCGAUUGUCGCGGAAACCUGCUCUCCUUUCACGGUCCUCCCGGCUCUCAUGAAUGAGUACCGUGUCCCAGAGCUUAAUGUGCAGAAUGGUGUCCUCAAGUCACUGUCCUUCCUCUUCGAGUACAUUGGAGAAAUGGGGAAAGACUACAUCUACGCAGUGACUCCGCUGCUCGAGGAUGCCCUGAUGGACAGGGACUUGGUCCACAGGCAGACGGCAGCCUCUGCAGUGAAACACAUGGCUCUUGGAGUUGCAGGACUAGGAUGCGAGGAUGCCCUAAUCCACCUGCUGAACUACGUGUGGCCCAACAUCUUUGAGACCUCACCUCAUGUCAUAAACGCAGUGAUGGAGGCGAUUGAGGGGAUGAGGGUGGCCUUGGGACCCGCCGUCGUACUCAACUACUGCCUCCAGGGGCUGUUCCACCCAGCUCGCAAGGUCCGGGAAGUGUACUGGAAGAUUUACAACUCACUGUACAUUGGGGCACAGGACGCGCUCGUGGCGGCAUAUCCAAUACUGGAAGAUGAGCAGAACAAUGUAUACAGCAGGCCUGAGCUGAUGAUGUUCGUCUGAGCCUGUUUUUACCGUCUCACUGUAGCAUUCGGAGUUAGAAUAGAUGGAGUCGGUAUUCAGCUAGCAUGUUUUUAGAUACUUAACGUAUACAAUCUUCUGUUCUAGAUGAAUGUUUUCGGAACCGGAAUUCGAUGUAUGAUCAAUGGUUCCAUGUUCUCGGAAAAGAUUACGCUGCCAUGUCGAAUGUUGACUGAGAUGUGUUUUGAGAUAAUAAUCAAAUGUUAUUUCAUAAUAAUC